AUGCAGGUUUUAAAGAUCAAAUUACCAGAUUUUGAUGAACAACGACGAGAUGAAAAGUUAUCUAUUGAAGAAAUGCGUAGCAAAAUGAAAGAAAAGGGAAUUGUUCCACAUCGACAAUGGAAUGAAAAGCCUAUGUAUAUGGGAUGCACAGGGGACAUUUUUGAUCCCUAUGUUCCUCCUGAAGGUGACGGUAAAAUUUCACCUGUUUCAAGCUCAGGAGUGAAACAGUUAUAUGAAGGUGUUGGGAAAAAAGGGAAAUCAUAUUUAGCUCUGCGAAAAAUUCGUAACAUAGAUUAUGAAUUUGACGUGCCUACGGUUGCUGUAAAAGCUCAGGAGAUUUAUGUAGAUGCUCACACAGCAUUGGCCGAGAAAAAUGAAGAAAAACUACAUGAUUUAGCUACUGAGAAAGGUUUUCCUGAAAUGAUGGAAAAUGUCAAAAACAAAACUGUCGUAUGGAAAUUCCUACAAUCUCUAGAGCCCUCGAGAGUUGUCCACAUUCGGUGCAAUGAAAUAAUGGACAAAAGUAACCUAUUUGCUCAAGUUACAGUGAGAUUUCAUACACAGCAAAUCCUUGCUGUCUAUGAUAGAUUUGGUCGUCUUAUGCUUGGUAGUGAGGAGACUCCUAAAGAUGUCCUGGAAUAUGUUGUCUUUGAAAAACAUUUGACAAAUCCUUAUGGAACUUGGAAGAUUCAUGCAAAGUUAAUACCUGACUGGAUGCCCCCCAAAGAGCCAAUAGCCAGGACAUACUCUCGCCCUGAUAUCGAUGAAGAAUUUCCCGAACCUCCUCCAUCCCCUCCAGAGGAGGUCAAGGAGGAGUCUCAGAGUAAACAGAUAGAAUCUGGUGUAGCAACUGCCUAACUAAUUGUAUAUUAAUAAAUUGUUUAAAGUUUU